GAUAGGGAAGCCAGCGACAGGGUGGGUGGCGGGAUGGGCGAUGGGCGGGAGAGAAACCGAGGCAGAAGCUGGGCCCGGAAGGCGGUGACCUGGAGGAAGGGCAUUUUGGCUAAGCCUGCUGGAGUAGCACUUCAAAGAAAACCUGAUGCGCCCACUCCAGAUUGUUCCAAGCCGAUUCAUUUCCCAGCUGUGUUGCAGACUGAAGGCUCCGUCCUCCCCACAAAGCAAGAUCUGCCUCACCAUGGCUCGUCCAAGUUCAAAUAUGGCAGAUUUUCGGAAAUGUUUUGCAAAUGCAAAGCACAUAGCCAUCAUCUCAGGGGCUGGUGUUAGUGCGGAGAGUGGGGUUCCAACUUUCAGAGGAGCUGGAGGUUAUUGGAGAAAAUGGCAAGCUCAGGACCUGGCGACCCCUCAGGCCUUUGCCCGCAACCCAUCCCAGGUGUGGGAGUUCUACCACUACCGGAGAGAGGUCAUGCAGAGCAAGGAACCCAACCCGGGGCACAUAGCCAUCGCCCAGUGCGAAGCUCGGCUGCGUGACCAGGGCCGCCGGGUUGUGGUCAUCACCCAGAACAUUGAUGAGCUGCACCGCAAGGCUGGCACCAAGAACCUGCUGGAAAUCCACGGAACCUUAUUUAAAACUCGGUGCACCUCUUGUGGCGCUGUCGCUGAGAAUUACAAGAGUCCAAUUUGUCCAGCGUUAGCAGGAAAAGGGGCUCCAGAACCAGAGACUCAAGAUGCCGGGAUCCCAGUUGACAAACUUCCCAGGUGUGAGGAGGCAGGAUGCGGUGGCUUGCUGCGACCUCAUGUGGUGUGGUUUGGAGAAAACCUGGAUCCUGCUGUUCUGGAGGAGGUAGACAGAGAACUGGCUCUCUGUGACCUGUGCCUAGUGGUGGGAACAUCCUCUGUGGUCUACCCCGCUGCCAUGUUUGCCCCUCAGGUGGCUGCCAGGGGAGUCCCAGUGGCUGAGUUUAACAUGGAAACCACCCCAGCCACCAACAGAUUCAGGUUUCAUUUUUCAGGACCCUGUGGGACAACUCUUCCUGAAGCCCUUGCUCCUCAUGAAACUGAAAGGAUUUCUUAAUUACCCUGUGCAAAGAGGAGAAGAUCGUGUCGCACAUAACCAGGGCACCAGCAGGAGAGGUGAUUCUGUGGCUGGUGAACUGAACUUUGGAAAGUCUAAAAACACCCUUCGUGUCCCUAGAGGAC